GAGAGGGAGGGGGGAACAGCAGUGUUUGCAUCUCUUGAACUGUCCAUAUAAAGGCCAGUGGGAGGGAAGUUGGGGUGUCCAGAAAACAUCCUCAUAGCUUUAGGCCCUUUUUCCUGCACCCCAGCUUUGAGCUCUGAGCAGUGCCGGAUCUCCAGGACAUGGCAGGACCCGCCACAGUCAUCGCCAGCCUUUUUCUGGUAGCCUGUACGUGCUGCGUCUUUCUCACAGACUCUGUGAUCAUUCCUUCUUCUUGCUGCAUGUCCUUUGUUGCCAAGAAAAUUCCAGAAAACCGAGUGAUUAGCUACCAGUUGGCCAGCGGCAGCGUCUGUCCCAAGGCAGGGGUGAUCUUCAUCACCAAGAAGGGCUAUAAACUCUGUGGUGACCCCAAGUUGCCAUGGGUUCAGAAGUACAUACGAAAUCUGGAUGCCAAGAGAAACCGGACUUCUGCACGUGCAAGGGCACUGGGCACCAGGUUUUCCAUCCAGAGUCGCCGUGGCAACAACACAGAGGUUUAGUCCCCUCUCCUCU